CUCGAUCUUCAUACUGCGCAAUAAGUUCUUUCUUCUAUUGUUGCUGCUGCAAGUUUCUUUGCUUACUAAUCUUUCUGGUUUUUCAUGUGGUGGGGGGUGGGUACUGGGCCGGUUUUGGGCCGAGGCAAGUGAGGCCCUGUUCGGGCCCAAAAAUUUAAGGGCCUCAUUUUUGAAAAAAUACCAAAUCCCUAAUUUCCGUAACCCGUUUUCCCUUCACUUUGUCCCGAUUACGAGAGGCGAGAAACAAGAAAGGCAAAACCCACGUUACCCACCCGUACCUCGAUUAAAGGUAGUGGAGUUCUGGUGAUUAAUUCGUCUUCUUCUUAGGUAUCGCAAAUAAAUUGGAAAUUCUGUAUAACAGUUCAUCAUAGAUCCGAAUUCUUUGAUUGGUUCAGAAUCUGCGUUUUGCCGUACCCGAAAUCGGAAUCUAAAUCUGGUGUUUGUUUAUGCUCAUCUAAUAGUCCUGUGGCCUCCGAAUUCCUCUGGAAACCUUCUAUCCCUGUACACUGAAAGCUUAUUUCAUAGAGCAACAAGAGGGACUAGCCGCCAAGGGUUUCAUCACCCUCUUCGCACCAAUUAAUCGGGUGUUGCAAAUUGCAGUGAUUUCUACAAAGAUAAAUCAUCUUGGAAGGAUGACGGAUAUGAAGAGGAAAGUCAGAGAUGAAAACAAUCAUAGUAGUAAAAAAGGGAGAGAAUUUAAGAACGGGAAGAGGAAUAAUUCAAGCUCGAAGAAGAAGGGAAAGGAGCAAAAUAGGCCUAGGCGUGGGCCUUGCUUGCCGAAUGCGUUGCAAAAAGAGCUCAAUCUCUUAAACCCUGCAGUUGAAAGGGGAUUUUCUGAUGGUGAGGAAGAUAUUAAUUUUGACGAUACAGUUGGCAAUGAUGUGUAUGAAUAUGAAGAAGGCGUUCCGGAGGAGGAAUUAAAGAAGAAUAAACGGUUCGACCCCGUUGACAACUAUGAGUAUGAGCUUCCUGAAGAUUUUGAGGAUGAGAAUGUAGCAUCCGAUGAAGGCGAGGACAAUGAAAAUGAGGAUAAUCAGAAAGAGGAUGAUAAUGAGGAAGAUGAGGGAAGGCAUGCGCGAAUGUUGCAAGAUAUCACUGGACUACCUAGCUCUGCUUUUGAUGGUAAAAAGAGGAGGAAAGAGCUUAUCAUAUCUGAACUAUAUCCAGAAUCUGAGUAUAAUCCUAGUCGUGAUAUUCUUGAUGGAGAUGGCCGGAUCAGCAUUCAUGACCUUUUGGACCCGCUUCAGGGGAAGUCUGGCUUCAGCAAACUUAGGAAGAACUUCCAUCGAAUUGAGAAUAAGUCUAUGCCAAUUCACACACCAAUUCCGAAACCAGAUCAAGAGAGAUUGGAGAGAAAGGCUGCUUAUGAACAAUCUAAGAAGGAUAUUACCAAGUGGGAACCUCUGGUCAAGAGAAACAGAGAGGCACCUACUUUAUAUUUUGAUGAGGAUGUAGACUUAGGAUUUUCAACUGUAGGAGCAAUAGCUUCCGAAUUUGAACCCAGAACUGAUUUCGAGAAGAAAAUUGCUUCCUUGGUGAAUGAUAAUGAAGUCGUGGAAGCUCACAAAAAAGAUGGUGCCAGGCUUCUUGAACUGAACAAGAUAUCUGUUGAAGAUGUGAAAGAUCGUCAGGCCCGGCUGGCUAAAAUGCGUAGUCUACUUUUCCGUCAUGAAAUGAAGGCGAAGCGAAUAAAAAAGAUCAAGUCCAAAACCUAUCACCGGUUGUUGAAGAAAGAUAGAUCGAAAGCAUUGGAAGCUGAGAUUCAAUUGGAUCCGGAAGCUGCUAAAGACCUUGCAAUGAAACAAGAGUUCAAAAGAGCUGAGGAACGCAUGACUCUGAAACACAAAAACAGCUCCAAAUGGGCGAAGCGCAUCUUAAAACGUGGUCUGGAUGUCCAAGAUGAAGGAACCCGAGCAGCUAUAGCUGAACAGCUUCAUCAACAUGCUACUUUGACCAGAAAAAUGAAAUCUAUGAAAGAUGGUAGUAGUAGCGAUGAGAGUAGUGAUGAGGAUGACAUUGAGGAAAUCUCAUCUGGUUCUGAUCAGGACAUUGCAUCAAAACUAUUCGUGAAAGCAAAAGAGAAGACACUUGAAGUGCUGGAAGGGGAUGAAGAAGUGCCUAAAUCUGGAGUGCUUUCUUUACCAUUUAUGGUUCGUGGGUUGAAAAAGAGAAAAGAGGCUGCUGACGAGGAAGCAAGGCUUGCUCUUGAAGAUUAUGAGUUAUCAUUGAAGCAAUUGGAAGGUAAAGGUGGGGAACAAAGUCAUGACAUGGGUGCCAUAAGUGGCAGAAGAGUUUUUGGUGUUCCUAAAAAGCAGGUUCAGGAAACAAGUAAGAAGAUCAAUACAGAUAAUUACUAUGGCGACAGUGAUAGUGAAAUUGAUGUUGAGACCCAGGAAGGUGAGGAGCGCGAGCAGGGAAACGGUAAUCUUUCUGUAAGAGAAGUAAACAUUGACCCUGAUUUUCUUCGUGAAGAGUCUGAGAUCAGUCAUGAUCCCGUGUUUAAGAAUUUUGAGGAUAUACUUAAAGUCCCUGGACCCAAUGCAAAUUAUGAAGUUGCUAUUUUUGCUUCUGACUCUUGGAAAAAGAAACAGAAUCUAUUAGAUGGUAAUGAGAAAGCUGCCAACAGAAAUGUUGGGAAGUCUUUUGUACCUGCAGGACCCUCAAAAUAUGACCAAACCAUAGAGGAAGAGGAUGACAACGAUGAUACAGAUAGUGGAGAAGAGAUGGUGGAUGGAAUUAUAUCUUCAGGGACUAAAUCAACUUACGAACUUCCAUCUCAAGAAGAACUUAUACGCCGUGCUUUUGCUGGUGAUGAUGUUGAAGAAGAAUUUGAGAAAGAUAAAGAGGCGAUGCUAAAUGAGGAGAAUCCAGAACCUGAAAAGCCUGUUUUGCUUCCUGGCUGGGGCCAAUGGACUGAUAUACAGAAAAAGAAAGAUCUACCUUCUUGGAUGCAGCAAGAGCACGAUAUGGCCAAAAAGAAAAGGGAAGAAGUCCUCAAGAAGAGGAGGGAUGCACAUCUUAAUAAUGUUAUCAUCUCUGAGAAGUUGGAUAAAAAGGCUGAAAAACUGCAUACAAAGACUCUGCCUUAUCCCUACACAUCAAAGGAAGUUUUUGAACAGAGUAUUCGGAUGCCAAUUGGACCUGAAUUUAAUCCUGUCACAGCAGUUGGAGCUCUUAAUCGUCCCGAGGUGGUAAAGAGAGCUGGUGUGAGCAUCAAACCUAUCAAAUUUCAGGAUGUUAAUCCCCAUGAAAAAGUGGAAAACCGUAAGCGCAAGAGACAAAAACCAAGCAAUGGUAAAGAUGAGAGUCGAUCUACCAAAAAAAUGAAUGUGAAGGAGAUAAAAGCAAAGUGAUGCUGAAAUUUUGGCCUAACAAUAUCAGUCUGAACGUUGUACUAAUGGUUUCUUUUGCAUUUUUCAAUUUCAAUAUUUAUAUUUUAAGAUAUGCCCGAGAUGUUUCAUUCAACCAAGUAGAAUUUCCUACUUGCAAUUUACUUUCUUGUGUUCGAGAAGGUUUUGUGCUUCAAUUUAGUGGUAGUGAUUAGUUUAUCUCCAUUUAUGGAACCGUAACAAAUUUUUGAGGAGCAAUCAAGUGUCAUUGGAUUGGAGUAGGUUCUUCCUGGUUCACUUGCCCGUG